AUGACUAUAUUAAAGAAAUUGAAUUUCAUCACUAGCAACAAGAACAAACUGGCCGAGGUUAGAGCGAUUCUAGGCAAUGCAAUCGAGGUCGAUAACCAGGGGCUUGACGUUCCAGAGAUACAAGGUACUAUUGAAGAAAUUGCCAGAGAAAAGUGCAGGCGUGCAGCGGAAGUGAUCAAAGGCCCUGUUCUCACGGAGGACACGGCACUUGAGUUCCAUGCCUUGAAAGGGCUCCCUGGCCCAUACAUCAAGUCAUUCCUUGAUGUUCUGGGCCACGAGGGGUUGAAUAAAAUGCUCGAUUCGUUCGAGGAUAAAUCGGCAGAUGCGAUAUGUACGUUCGCUUUCUGUCACGGCCCCGGAUCAGAGCCAAUUCUAUUUCAGGGGAGAACAAAGGGUAUAAUUGUCAGACCAAGAGGUCCAUCAAACUUUGGUACGCAGAAUAUCUCCCUGCUACGUCCGGAAUCUCCAGCUUAUGUGGCUUCUUUAGGUUGGGAUCCGAUUUUCGAAUAUGAAGGGAAAACAUAUGCUGAAAUGGACAAGGAGGAGAAGAACCAAAUAUCCCACAGGUAUAAAGCUUUGGAGAAACUACAGUGUUGGUUGGUCCAGGAAAAUUCCUGA